GUCACAGCCCUGCCAAGCACCAAAAUGGGUACCCCCAACCCCUCACUGGGACAGCACAGAAUGCUCCAGAAUCCUUGGAAAAGCUGCAAGUGCUUCCAUCAACCCGUCCACAGCACAUGAAGAUCAAAAAUUGGGGCAGUGGAGAGAUUUUGCAAGACACUCUUCACCACAAGGCCACAUCGGAGUUCUCCUGCAGAUCCAAAUCUUGCUUGGGGUCCAUCAUGAAUUCCAGGAGUUUGACUAGAGGACCCAGAGACAAGCCCACCUCAUUGGAGGAACUUCUACCUCAAGCUAUAGAGUUCAUCAACCAGUAUUAUGGCUCCUUCAAAGAGGCAAAAAUAGAGGAACAUCUGGCCAGGGUGGAAGCCAUAACAAAGGAGAUAGAAACAACAGGAACCUACCAGCUAACAUAUGACGAACUCAUCUUUGCCACCAAGCUGGCCUGGCGCAACGCUCCUCGCUGCAUCGGCAGGAUCCAGUGGUCCAACCUGCAGGUCUUUGAUGCCCGGAGCUGUUGUACUGCCCAGGAGAUGUUCCAACACAUCUGCAGACAUGUGCUUUAUGCCACCAAUGGCGGCAACAUCAGGUCGACCAUCACUGUGUUCCCCCAGCGAAGUGAUGGGAAACAUGACUUCCGGAUCUGGAACUCUCAGCUCAUCCGGUAUGCUGGCUACCAGAUGCCCGAUGGCACCAUCAGAGGGGAUCCUGCCAACUUAGAGUUUACCCAGUUGUGCAUCGAUCUGGGCUGGAAGCCCUGCUAUGGCCGCUUCGAUGUGCUGCCUCUGGUCCUGCAGGCUGAUGGCAGAGACCCUGAGAUCUUCGAAAUCCCUCCUGACCUUGUGCUGGAGGUGUCCAUGGAACAUCCCAAGUACGAGUGGUUCCAGGAGCUGGGGCUGAAGUGGUACGCCUUGCCUGCUGUGGCCAACAUGCUGCUGGAAGUGGGUGGCCUCGAGUUCCCUGCCUGCCCCUUCAAUGGGUGGUACAUGGGCACGGAGAUCGGAGUACGAGACUUCUGUGACACACAGCGCUACAAUAUCUUGGAGGAAGUGGGCAGAAGGAUGGGCCUGGAGACCAACACACUGGCCUCCCUCUGGAAAGACCGGGCUGUCAUGGAGAUCAAUGUGGCUGUGCUUUAUAGUUUCAAGAAGCAAAAUGUGACCAUCAUGGACCACCACACAGCCACAGAGUCCUUCAUAAAGCACAUGCAGAAUGAGCACAGGGCCCGAGGGGGCUGCCCCGCCGACUGGAUCUGGCUGGUCCCUCCGAUGUCUGGGAGCAUCACCCCAGUGUUUCACCAGGAGAUGCUGAACUACAUCUUAUCUCCGUUCUACUAUUAUCAGAUAGAGCCCUGGAAGACCCACAUCUGGCAGGAUGGGGAGCUGAGACCCAGGAAGAGAGAGAUCCGGUUCAAAGUCUUGGUAAAAGCGGUGCUCUUUGCUUCUGUGCUAAUGCACAAGGUCAUGGCAUCCCGAGUCAGAGUCACAAUCCUCUUUGCAACUGAGACAGGGAAAUCAGAAGUACUGGCCCAGGACUUGGCAGCCUUGUUCAGCUAUGCCUUCAACUCCAAGGUUGUCUGCAUGAACAAGUACAAGCUGAGCAACUUGAAAGAUGAGCAGCUACUGCUGGUGGUGACCAGCACAUUUGGGAAUGGAGACUGCCCUGGCAACGGACAGACUCUGAAGAAAUCUCUGUUCAUGCUGAAAGAGCUCACCCACAUCUUCAGGUAUGCCGUGUUUGGCCUUGGCUCUAGCAUGUACCCUCAGUUCUGUGCCUUUGCUCAUGACAUCGACCAGAAACUGUCCCACUUGGGAGCCUCUCAGCUUGCCCCAACAGGGGAAGGGGACGAGCUCACUGGGCAGGAAGAUGCCUUCCGCAGCUGGGCUGUACAAACCUUCAAGGCAGCCUGUGAGGCAUUUGACGUUCGAAGCAAACACCACAUUCAGAUCCCCAAACGCUACACUUCCAACGUGAUCUGGGAGCCACAGAACUACAGGCUCACACAGAGCUCAGAGUCUUUAGACCUCAACAAAGCCCUCAGCAGCAUGCACACCAAGAAUGUGUUCACCAUGAGGCUGAAAUCCCAACAGAAUCUGCAGAGUUCAAAGUCCAGCCGUACUACCCUCCUGGUCCAGCUCUCCUGUGAAGAUUGCCAAGGCUUGAGCCACCUGCCUGGGGAGCAUCUCGGGGUUUUCCCAAGCAACCAGACAGCCCUGGUUCAGGGAAUCUUGGAGCGAGUAGUAAAUUGUCCUGAGCCUCACCAAACUGUGUGCCUGGAGUUGCUAGAUGAGAGUGGCAGCUACUGGAUCAGGGACAAGAGGCUGCCCCCAUGCUCACUCAUUCAGGCCCUCACCUACUUCCUGGACAUCACCACUCCUCCCACCCAGCUGCAACUCCAUAAGCUGGCCCGGUUGGCCACAGAGGAGGCUGAGAGACAGAAGCUGGAGGCCCUGUGUCAGCCCUCAGAGUACAACAAGUGGAAGUUCUCCAACAGCCCCACAUUCCUGGAGGUGCUGGAAGAGUUCCCAUCACUGCAGGUGCCCGCUGCCUUCCUGCUGUCCCAGCUUCCCAUCCUGAAGCCCCGCUACUAUUCCAUCAGCUCCUCUCGGGACCACAUGCCCACCGAGAUCCACCUCACCGUGGCAGUGGUCACCUACCACACUCGAGAUGGCCAGGGUCCCCUGCACCAUGGUGUCUGCAGUACUUGGAUCAGCAGCCUGAAGCCUCAGGACCCAGUGCCCUGCUUUGUGCGAAGUGUCAGUGGCUUCCAGCUUCCCGAGAACCCCUCCCAGCCUUGCAUCCUCAUCGGGCCUGGUACAGGCAUUGCGCCCUUCCGCAGUUUCUGGCAGCAGCGGCUCCAUGACUCCCAGCACAAAGGGCUCAAGGGAGGCCGCAUGACCCUGGUGUUUGGGUGCAGGAACCCAGAGGAGGACCACCUCUAUCAGGAGGAGAUGCUGGAGAUGGCCCGCAAGGGUGUGCUGCACCAGGUGCACACAGCCUACUCCAGGCUUCCAGGCAAGCCCAAGGUCUACGUUCAAGACAUUCUGCAGAGGCAGCUGGCUGAUGAGGUGUUCCGUGUGCUCCAGGAGGAGCAGGGCCACCUCUACGUGUGUGGGGAUGUGCGCAUGGCCCAGGAUGUGGCCUACACCUUGAAGCAGCUGGUAGCUGCCAGGCUGAGCUUGAGCGAGGAGCAGGUUGAGGACUAUUUCUUCCAACUCAAGAGCCAGAAACGUUAUCACGAAGAUAUCUUUGGUGCAGUCUUUCCCUAUGGGGUGAAGAAGGACAGGAUCAUGGGGCUCUGACAGCCCAGGAGGAGUUACAGCUACAGACAUGGAAUUUAAUGAUGGACUCAACUCCUGAGCUGAGGUCACAGGACAAUGGAGAAAUGCAGUUUUCCCCAAGCCUCAUGUCUGAUUUCUUCCUGCAUACCUUUCGCUUGGCCUAUUACCAAGUAGCACUGUGGUCUGCUUGGAGUCUCUCUCUUGCCCUCUCUCUCUUUCUCUCUCUCUCUCCCUCUCUCUCUCUCUCUCUCUCUCUCUCUCUUUCUCUGUCUCUCUCGUUCUCUUUCUGGACCCUUAAAAAGAGAGAAAAAUGAACUUUCUGAUUGAAGCACUUUGAGUAACCACCAGGAGGCGCUAUGCCUCCCCUCUGUAUUUAGCUGCAUUGUGUACAGUUAUUUAUGAAAACAAAUUACCUUUGUCUAUUCCCAAGGGCCACUUGGGCCUUCCCUGUAUAAUUCCUCAACGAUAAUAUUUAUAUAAAAUGCAUUUUAACCA